UUCCUGUCGGAGGUUGAUGCCUGGUGUAAAGUGUGCAGUGAGGGGGGGUUACCGACCGAAAUGCAGGAGCUGGAAAUCGCCAUCCAUCGCCACCAGAGUCUGUACGAGCAGGUGUCCCAGGCGUACACCGAGGUGAGUCAGGAUGGUAAAGCCCUAUUGGACGUCCUCCAGAGGCCUUUGAGUCCCGGCAACUCUGAAUCGCUGACAGCCACUGCCAAUUACUCCAAAGCGGUUCACUGCAUCCUGGACGUGGUUCACGAGAUUCUCCACCAUCAGCGGCGUCUCGAGAAUAUUUGGCAGCAUCGAAAGGUCCGACUGCACCAGAGACUGCAGCUGUGUGUGUUCCAGCAAGACGUCCAGCAG